GUUGUAUGUCGUCUAAUGCAUAGACUUAAUAAUAAUAUAAAUAUUCAUUAAUAUCCUAUAGUCUAUGGCUUUAUGACGAUUUAAAUUCCUCAAAUGUAUAAAUGUAUAAGUUGGUAGUGUUGUAUGGUGGUUUUUUUGUCAGGUGGCGUUUUAUCGGAUUCUGAUCCGUGGAUUAUUAUCGCGUAUUAGUGUGACAUUAUGUCGGGCGGUAAUUUCUUAUUUAUCGGAUGGCUUUUUGUGGUGCUUCGUAUGUUCGUGAUUUAUAUUUAUAGCCGUGAUAUUAUAUUAUUAAAUUCUACAUUUCUGUGAUAGCAUUAAAUAUUAAUUUGUUGUAUUAAUUUAAUUUUUUCUUUACGCAUAGGUGUUUUAGUAUAUUUUGUUUAUGUGAGUCUAGGUUUUCAAACUAAAUAGCAAAUAUUUUUUUUUUUUAUAAUGUCAGUCGUAAAGUUUAAACUCAUUAAAGGAUUUGGUUGCGCUGGUCAACUGAGCAAAGUACCAAUUUCUCAGACAUUUUUAAAACGUUUUGCAUCUACAAAAAAUGAAAUACAAGAAACUGUAAUAGUGACUGCUACUGUAGAAAAUGUUUUGUCUGAUAAAGAAGUAGAGAAAAUUUGCAAUAAGUCUCGUUUGAACUCUGGACAUCGUAAUUUAGUGAAUGGUCGGUUACCAUAUGAUCAUCCAGUACAUAGAUUCCACAACACAGUAAAAUUUAAAAGAAGAAUGUAUGGAAGAUAUGGAGAUGCCAGUAAUAUUCACCCGGGCUUAGCAUGGCCAACAGUUGAAGAGUUGAAUGAUAUCCGAGAAUAUGAAUCUGUUGCAUAUCCAUUGACUAUUCAAGAAAUGCAACAUAAUGCCAUAAAGCGUUUACAAUGUGAACAACAAGAAAUUCAAAUGCGCCAACAAAAAAUAGAUAAUAAUAUGAAAAAAUUAAAUAGUUGGAUAAACGAAGUUAAAGAAAAGUCUGAAAAAAAAAUAUAUGAGGCACAAAAAUCUAAAGAGAAGAGAGAAAACCUUAUUGAAGAAGUAAAAAAACAUUUUGGGUAUAAAAUAGAUCCAAAAGAUGAGCGGUUUAAAGAAAUGCUAGCUAAGAGAGAAAAAGAAGAAAAGAAAAAGGUCAGAGAGGAAAAGAAGAAGAUACGCGAAGAAAAACUUGUCAACUAUUUAAAAAAUAAUGAAUAAAAUUAUAGUAAAAACAAGUGUAUCACAUUUAAUAAUGUAAGCAUUAAAUUAAAUUAUCCAUUAAAUGUUAUACUAUAAAGAUUAUUAUUUUGAUUUAGUUUGUACCAAUCAAUAUUCAGUAUCAGUUUACUACAGUUAAUGAUAGAAAAAUGUUAGAGCUUUUUUAUGAUGCAAUAUAUAUAUAUAUGUAUUCAAUUUGUUUAAAAUAAUAACUUUACUACAAAUAUCUGAUGUUUGAGAAUGGCAUAAGAAUGGUUUCAAAAAUCCAGAAUUAUUUGACUUUUCCUAUUUUAUCUUCAUACAAAAUGAUUGUUCAAAGAUUAAAAUUUGAAAUGUCAUCAUGUUAGUAUAAUAUAUUGUAUGUGAAACUGGUGUGAUUAUUAGGUUCAAUACCUGUAUAUUGUUUAAACAAAAAUUAGUUUGUAUGAUAAUUAUAAACUCUUGAAUUAAAAAUAUCAAUUAUCAAAUAUUUAAUGACAUAUUUUGGAGCCAUUAAGCAAUAAUAAUUAUUGUGAUAAAUUUAUUUAAUUUACUUCCCUUUGACAGUAAUAAUAAAUUGAGAUAUUUGUUAAACUCAGCUAUAGUGUAAAAUAUUUUAUCAUAAUUUAUUUGUACUCGUAUUUUUACACGUAUUACAUUUUUAUUGUAGUGAUAAAUAUUCCUUAAAUAAUUAGUUUGUCUUAGUAAUUUUUGUAUAAUAAAUGAUUUGUAGAUGCAAUUCUCACUUCUGUGAUGAGAUUAAACGAAGAUGUCUAUACAGAUUACCUACAGUAAUAUAUUAAUAUAUUUAGGGCGAGUUGAAAUAAUUAUUCUAAUUAUGUUUUGCCCCUAUGAAUUAUUGCAGAUUAUUACUGUGGUACCAUGUGGCAUUAGACAAACAACCACAUUUUAUUAUUUUGAAGUAUGUAUAAUAUAUGUAUAUGUAUAAAAUACUAUAGAUAGAAAUAUAGGAAUACGAUAACUUGUUAGCGACAUGGCACUCCAAAAACUUGUUGGUUGCCUAUUUAUCUUCUUGUUUUUCUUCGAGAAAUGUAUAAUGUCCAACAAAGGUUGCCUAACCUAACAUGAUAUAGGCAACUAUCAAGAUUUUGGAGUGCGAAAAUAGAUACCAGUGUGACAGUGUAGCUGAUACAAAGAAAGUCAGAAUAUAGUAAUGGACUGAGAACCUUCUUCCCAUGUGUUAAUACUAUAUCACUAUAUUAAGACCCUCCUGCUGAUACAACUUCCGAAUAUUGACUUCAAAUACUAAUUUGAUGAUAUAACACAUGGCAAUACAUUUUUAAUUUAAAUUUAAUAUUUCAUUUGUCAUGAUACUAUUCAAGAUGGAUUAAUCUUCAAAAAGCAAUUUUUCUGUCUUAUCAAUGUAGUAUAAAUUAGGUAAAAUGCAUUUUAAAACAUAACAAGGAUAAAUAAUACCGGAC